UAUGAAAACCAAAGGGAAUCCAGGAGACAACAGGACUAGAAGAUCUUUUUCGUUAUUUGUAGUAUUUGGUUUGUGUUGUUUCUUCUAUCUUUUAGGUGCAUGGCAAAGAAGUGGUUUUGGUAAAGGAGAUAGCAUAGCUCAUGAAAUAACUAAAAAAGCCGACUGUAGUAUCAUAUCAAAUCUGAAUAUCGAGACCCACCAUGGAGUUGGAGUAAAAAAUUCUGACGAGUUACGUUCGGAGAGUAAGGUUUUUCAGCCAUGUGAUGAUCGGUUCAUUGAUUACACACCUUGCCAUGAUCAAACACGCGCAGCAUUUUUCACUAAAGAAAAGUUAAUCUAUCUGGAGAGACACUGUCCUCCUGAUAACGAGAAAUUACACUGUCUUAUUCCUGCCCCAAGUGGUUAUGUGACCCCGUUUCCAUGGCCUAAAAGCCGUGAUUAUGUUCCGUAUGCCAAUGCACCUUAUAAGAGUCUGACAAAUGAAAAGGCCGGUCAGAAAUGGAUACACUAUGAAGGUGAUGUUUUUAGGUUCCCAGGUGGAGCGGGAGAAGAUUCUCAAGGGGCUGAUGAAUAUAUUGAUCAAAUAGCAUCUGUCAUUCCAAUGAGCAAUGGAAUGGUUAGAACUGUUUUGGACACUGGCUGUGGGGCUGGAAGUUUUGGUGCAUACCUAUUCAAGAAAAAUGUUAUAACCAUGUCAUUUGCACCAAAAGACUCACAAGAGGCACAAGUUCGGUUUGCUCUCGAAAGAGGUGUCCCAGCAUUUAUAGGUGUUCUUGGUACUAUAAAGCCUCCAUUUCCUUCAAGAUCUUUUGACAUGGCUCACUGUUCUUGGUGCUCGACCCCAUGGACCCUAAACGAUGGGAAAUACAUGAUGGAAGUGGAUCGAGUUUUGAGACCGGGUGGCUAUUGGGUGCUUUCUGGUCCUCCCAUUAAUUGGAAGGCCAAGUAUAAAACAUGGCAGCAUUCAAAGGAAGAACUCGAAAAGCGCCAAAGAAAAGUCGAGGAGAUUGCUAAACUUCUUUGCUGGGAGAAGAAACACGAGAAAGGUGAAAUGGCGGUUUGGAGGAAGAGAGUAAAUCCAGAUCAUUGUCAAGAAAGAAAGUCUCAUGUUACCUUGUGUGAACCAACAAGUGUUGACGAUAUCUGGAACAAGGAGAUGGCAGCAUGUGUAACCCCUUACCCGAAGACAAGUAAUAAAGAUGAGGUUGCUGGUGGUGAACUAAAACCGUUCCCACAGAGACUCAAUGAAGUUCCUCCAAGUAUUUCGAGAGGAUCCAUUAAUGGAAUCUCUGCUGAAUCAUUUGAAGAGGACAGUAAAUCAUGGAUCAAACAUUUGAACGCUUAUAAAAGUGUGAAUAAGAUUAUUGGUACAGGACGUUAUCGUAAUAUUAUGGAUAUGAAUGCGGGACUUGGAAGUUUUGCUGCUGCACUUGAGUCUCCUAGAUCUUGGGUUAUGAAUGUGAUGCCUACCAUAGCUGAUAAAGAUACUCUUGGUGUUAUCUAUGAGCGAGGCUUGAUUGGAAUUUACCAUGACUGGUGUGAAGCAUUCUCUACAUACCCUAGGACAUAUGACCUAAUUCACGCUCACGGUCUUUUCAGCUUGUACAAAGAAAAGUGUAGCUACGAAGACAUUCUAUUAGAAAUGGAUAGGAUUUUACGACCUGAAGGUACUGUUAUAAUCCGUGACCAUGAGAUUGAAGUGCUUAAAGUGAAAAAAAUCGCGUCUGGGAUGAGAUGGAACACAAAAAUGGUGGAUCAUGAAGAUGGCCCUCUGAUUUCUGAAAAGAUACUCUUUGUAGUCAAACAAUAUUGGGUCGGUGGAAAAUUCAACUCAACAUCUUCGAGAUGAAAACAAAUAAGCAUGGAGGGUGGUCAAUUAUGAUUAUAGGUUGAUUUCCCAAAACUUUUAUUGUUGGUUUUUAAUCAAAGAUUUUAGUAGGGAUUUUAGUUUAGCCUAGUUAUCAAAGCAUAUGCCUUUUUGCACAUUGUAAACAACAGUUUUGAUAUUAGUAUGAUGUCAGUUACU